CCCGGCGGCUCCCUCGAAGCGCCGACGCCGCAGCUCAAGCUCCUGCCCAUGAACGACCAGAUCCGGGAGCUGCAGACCAUCAUCCGGGACAAGACAGCCAGUAGAGGUGACUUUGUAUUUUCUGCUGAUCGCUUGAUCAGGCUUGUGGUUGAAGAGGGAUUGAACCAGCUGCCAUACACAGAAUGCACAGUAACCACUCCAACAGGGUACAAGUAUGAAGGGGUGAAGUUUGAAAAAGGAAACUGUGGAGUCAGCAUCAUGAGGAGCGGAGAGGCAAUGGAACAGGGCUUGCGUGACUGCUGCAGGUCCAUCCGAAUAGGGAAGAUCCUGAUACAGAGCGAUGAAGAGACGCAGAGAGCCAAAGUGUACUAUGCAAAGUUUCCACCGGAUAUCUACAGGAGGAAAGUGCUUCUCAUGUACCCAAUACUGAGUACUGGCAACACUGUGAUUGAGGCUGUAAAGGUUCUUAUAGAACACGGAGUUCAACCAAACGUCAUCAUCCUGCUGAGUCUAUUCUCUACACCCCACGGUGCCAAAUCAAUAAUUCAGGAAUUUCCAGACAUCACAAUUUUAACAACAGAAGUUCAUCCUGUUGCACCCACACACUUCGGACAGAAGUAUUUUGGAACGGACUGAAUUACAUAUCCAGUGUGUUUUGUUACUGUACAUUACUUUACCGUUUUCUAUGUUUUAUAAAUUGAAGUGGAGGAAUUAAAGGGUGUAUUUAACAUCUUUUUUUUUCUCCUUUUUUUUUCUUUUGCCAAAGGUGAACAUAGUUGACUUAGGCUAAUUUUUUUUUUAAUUUAAAAGAUGAAAUCUUGGAUCUUAUGUCGGUGUUUUUAUUUUGGCAAUGAGUUGAGAGCAAUGAAGCGCAUUGGGCGAUGACAUACUUGUAAUGAUGUAUCUGAAAAUUACUGCACUCAUCGUUCUUUUUAUUUAUUCUCUUGUAGCCAGUUUAAGUGGCUCUUUGCAACUGUAAAAUAAAAUAACUGUGACGGCA